AUGGACGACCCAGAGGCCGAGGGUGAUGAGGAGGCCGACGAGGAAGAAUUGUCCGCUGCUUUGGCUAGACCUCCCCCUGUCAACAGUGAUUACCUUCCGCUUCCUUGGAAGGGAAGGCUGGGUUAUGCUUGCUUGAACACCUAUCUUCGCUACAGCACACCACCCGUGUUCGCUUCUCGUACUUGUCGCAUUGCCUCAAUCUUAGAACACAGACAUCCUCUCCGCGAUCCUAGUCAGCCAGAACAUCCCACCAAGAACCGUCCUGAUCGCGAGCAGCCUGCCAGUGUUGAGCGAGGCCAAAAGUAUGUCGAAGCACUUGGCCUGGCCAAUGCUAGAGAUGUCAUCAAGAUGCUCAGAUGGAACCACAAGUAUGGCAUCAAGUUCUUGCGUCUGUCAAGCGAGAUGUUCCCCUUUGCUUCCCAUGAGGAGUAUGGAUACAAGCUUACACCUUUCGCUGCCGAGACAUUGGCAGAGGUUGGCAAAGUAGUUGCCGAGUUGGGCCAUCGUGUAACAACUCAUCCUGGCCAAUUCACUCAGCUGGGAUCACCACGCAAGCAGGUCAUUGAUAAUGCUCUCCGCGACUUGGAAUACCACGAUGAAAUGCUUUCUCUCUUGAAACUACCCGAGCAGAUGAACAGGGAUGCAGUCAUGAUCUUGCAUCUGGGAGGCGUGUUUGGUGACAAGGCAGCCACUCUUGACAGGUUCCGUGAGAACUACAAGGCACUUCCUCAAUCAAUCAAGAACAGAUUGGUGCUCGAGAACGACGAUGUCAGUUGGUCGGUCCACGAACUGCUGCCUAUUUGCGAGGAACUCAACAUCCCGAUGGUCCUUGACUACCACCACCAUAACAUCAUUUUUGAUGCCGAGCAGAUCCGCGAGGGAACAAAAGAUAUUUGCGACCUCUAUCCUCGCAUCAAGGCAACUUGGGACAAGAAGGGUAUCAAACAGAAGAUGCACUAUUCCGAGCCGACUCCUGCUGCCAUUACAGGUAGGCAGAGGAGAAAGCAUAACCCACGUGUGGCCACUUUGCCGCCUUGCGCAGAUGACAUGGAUCUUAUGAUCGAGGCCAAAGACAAGGAGCAGGCGGUCUUCGAGUUGAUGAAAACUUUCAAGCUACCUGGGUUCGACACUUUCAACGACAUCAUCCCACAUGUCAGAAACGAUGACAACAAGGCAGCUAUGCAAGCUUCCAACAAGAAGAAGGCAACCCCAAAGAAGAAGGGCAAGCAAGUCAAGGACGAGGACGAGGAGAUGGAAGAUGAUGAAGGUUCGCUCGUAAAUGGUGAAUCUUCUACCUUGGUGCCUGAAGAGGAGGUCGGCAUGGGAGGCCCCGAAGGCCGCGUCUACUGGCCACCAGGCAUGGAAGAUUGGCUUCGACCCAAGAAGCGCGAAGUCAAACCAAAGACGACCGGUUCAGCAAAAAAAGUUACACCAGCACAGAAGAGAAAGGCACUUGCCGAUGCUGUCGCCCUUGAGGCUGCUGUCAAAGAGCAGGAAGUGUCUGAUGAAGAGGCAGCAGAGGCAGCCACACCAGCAACCAAGAAAGCCAAGGAAGCUCUCAAAGCAAGAGCCGCUGCUGCACGAGCAAAGUCAGAUGCUAUGCACACCGUAACUGCUCCUCCCAGCGCCGCGGCAGUAGCACCUACAACAGCAACGAAGUCAGCUCCUAAGCGUAAGGCCUCUGCACCAAAACCGAAGAAGGAAAAGGAGGAGAAGGUUGAGGUUACACCACCGACCAGCGACGACUCAGAGCUCGAGUUGGGCUCGUCAGAAGAUGAUGCACCCGCCACUGCACCUAAGCGUCCCGCCCCCCGCGCCGGAGCAAGAUCGAGUGGCAGGGCAAACAAGUCCAAGGUCAGCUAUCAGGAGGCUGAUGUCAGUAUGGACGAGGAUUGA